CAAAGAGAAAACCGACCCAGGUUUUUCUUUUCUUUCUUUCUCUUUCUCUUUCACACACACAGAGACAAAGACAGAGAAAAAAACGUCUUCAUGCAGUGCUUAAAUUAGCCAAGGGGAAGUUAAAGGAUUCUUUAUGUCUACGAAGCUUUUCAAUGAGUUCUGCUUGAUACCAAAGUUAAAAAAUAUUUCCUUAGAAGAUCGUAUGGAAGAAUUUUAGCUGUGGUAAUAGUUUCCAAAAAAAUAAAAAAGGAAUCAUUUAUCUAGGAAUACCAAAGAAGCUAUGAAUAAGAGUAGUCAUCAGUUGGGUUCCAUUAGUAGUAGUGAUCUUAUUGAUGCAAAGCUUGAAGAGCACCAAUUGUGUGGAUCUAAACAGUGUCCUGGUUGUGGACACAAGCUCGAAGGAAAGCCGGACUGGGUAGGUCUACCAGCAGGAGUGAAGUUUGACCCAACAGAUCAAGAAUUGAUAGAACACCUUGAAGCAAAAGUAGUGGCUAAAGAAUCAAAAUCCCACCCUUUGAUUGAUGAGUUCAUUCCUACUAUUGAAGGAGAAGAUGGUAUUUGCUAUACUCAUCCUGAGAAACUUCCAGGUGUUACAAGGGAUGGACUAAGUAGACAUUUCUUCCACAGACCAUCAAAAGCAUACACAACAGGUACAAGAAAAAGAAGGAAGAUCCAAACAGAAUGUCAAGACUUGCAAGGAGGUGAAACCCGUUGGCACAAGACAGGUAAGACUAGGCCAGUAAUGAUGAAUGGGAAGCAAAGAGGUUGUAAGAAAAUUCUUGUUCUCUACACAAACUUUGGGAAGAACCGUAAACCGGAGAAGACAAACUGGGUAAUGCAUCAGUACCAUUUGGGACAACAUGAAGAAGAGAAAGAAGGUGAACUUGUGGUGUCAAAGAUAUUUUAUCAGACUCAGCCAAGGCAAUGUAAUUGGAGUAACACUACUAGCAGUGCUGCUGGAGAAGCCAACAGUGAUGUUAAUAGCAGAAGGGAUAGUGGAAGUGGAAGCUGUUCUUCAUCAAAGGACAUCAACAAUAAUAAUAUUCCUUCUUCUCAUAGGGAUGAAUUGUCUGCUGCUGUUUGUGCUGCUAUGUCAACUUACUCUACCAUGGAUAUUCAACAAUACAAACCUGAACAUUUUAGCUUUCUCCCAUUUAGGAAAACCUUUGAUCAUGAGGCAGGCAUGGUAGUAGGUGAAGGUUCAAUUGCAAGGGAAGGUGGUCCGGCAGCAGCAGCACCAGACGAGCGUGAUAUGGGGGAGCUACAGAACCCACAUGAUCCUCAGCUCCACCAACACCAACACCAACAGCAGCACCAGCAGCAUCAUCUGGUUGCAUCCACUGCAUUCCACAUUAGCAGGCCAACACCCCCAAUAUCAGCCAUUAUAAGUCCGCCUCCUCUCCAUAACACUUCCGUUAUUCUUGGUGAAGAUGCCUUCCAUGUUCCAAGAUCUAUAAUCCUUCCAAAUGACAACUUUCAGCAACUUCAACAACAGCAGCAGCAACAACAACAUCAUAAACUAGGAGGAAGGUCUGCAUCUGAAUUGGAACAAUUAAUAAUGGGCUGCACCUCAACUGAUAUCAAAGGAGAGUCAUCCAUCACAAACUCUCAAGAUGCUGAUUGGUUGAAGUACUCACACUUCUGGCCUGACCCUGACAACCCCGAUCAUCAUGGCUAGGGAAGGAGGAGAAAAUGGAAACUCUCAUCUUCAUCAUUACUAUACUUCAAGACUUGUUGAAGUUUUGCACAAAUAAGUGACAAAUUCAAAGAGGACCAAAACUAUAUACACUACUCUACUAGUAUACUUGUUUUAUUUUAAUACACUAUAUAUCUUUUACAACUGAAAUGCUGGCAAAAGCUAAGGUACUGCCUGAAGCUCAACUGAACUAACACUUCAAUUCAACUAAUGUUGGAAAAGCCAAGAAAGAAGAAGGAGACCAAGAAAGGCUGCCCUCUUCUGACAAAAAUUACAAGAAAGGGCCAAAGCGAAUGCAUCUGCAUGAAAAUCAUCACCACUAUGAUUACGAUAUCAUCUUCUUAUUAUUUGUUUAUUUUUUUCCUUAUAUAUAAUUUCUUUUUUUUUUCCACAUUAAACACCAUAGGAAUAUCUGUGCAAAGUGCAUACCCAACUUUGUUGAUUGCGUCUAUGGACAGUCUCUUUUUAGAGUAGAAUACUUUCUUUUUUGGGACACAAAAUAUUUCCCUUUAUAGAAAUGAAAUGUGAUAUUGAUUCUAUAUA